CGGUAGAAAGUCUGAAACCUUUCACGAGAGGAUUUUCCGUUCUCACUCUUACUCUUUCAAACCCUCCCUCCACACGCACCUUGGCCAACCUUCACAUUUUCUUACUAUUCAUUCUGCUCUUUUCUUCUUAAUCAGAUCCAAACCCUUUUUUAAUUGCAUCAAGAAUUCUCUGAAGAUCGAAUCUUUCUCAAGAUUUUGUUCUUUCUUCCUCUUAUACCUCGGAAAACAGAGGGUUUGUUUAGAAAAUAAUAACAUAAUUUGAUUAAUCUUCGUCAUGAACACGUUUUCUCAUCAGGGGUUUUCAAAUAUCAGUCAUAUGAACACAAGAAUAUAGAAUAUUCAAUUAAUGUGUAGACUUUGCUUGCGAUUUCAGUCAAAUGCCAUUUCUUUAGCUCCUUACUACAUUGAGAUCUUCAACAGAAAAAGUAGCUUUCUGUGCUGUGAAAUCACUCUUUAUCUGGCCACAAAAUCCAAAAUCUUGAUUUCGAGUCUUGGGCUUUAGCCAUUUUUUGAUCUUUUAUAAAAAAAAGUGAUCAAAAGAUGGAUUCUUGUUUUGCUACUUUCAAGCCUAAUCUGCAUGUUCGAAAAGGUCUCGAUGGAAUCGAAAAUGGGUUCUGGGGAAACAAGAUCAAACCUUUUGCAACUCGUUUCUGUAAAAGUUCAAGAACUCAAACCCGAAAAAUCAAGAAACUUGGGGUUACUCAAUCUGUUCUUGAAUCACCUGUUGAUGAGGAGAUGCUCAAAUUCGAGACGCCAUUCUUCGAUGAACGAAAAGUAGACCCUAAAACAGUGGCCUCCAUUAUCUUGGGUGGUGGUGCUGGAACUCGACUCUUUCCUCUUACUAGCCAAAGAGCUAAACCAGCUGUUCCAAUUGGUGGAUGUUACAGACUCAUCGAUGUUCCAAUGAGUAAUUGCAUUAAUAGUGGGAUACGAAAGAUCUUCAUCUUGACACAGUUUAAUUCGUUUUCGCUCAAUCGUCAUUUAGCUCGAACUUAUAACUUCGGAAAUGGAAUGAGUUUUGGAGAUGGAUUUGUGGAAGUUCUUGCUGCUACUCAAACACCAGGGGAAGCAGGAAAGAAAUGGUUUCAAGGAACAGCAGAUGCUGUUCGCCAAUUUAUAUGGGUGUUUGAGGAUGCUAAGAACAAGAAUGUUGAGAACAUAUUGAUAUUAUCGGGUGACCAUUUAUACCGAAUGGACUAUAUGGACUUUGUUCAGAAACAUGUUGACACAAAUGCUGAUAUAAGUGUUUCUUGCAUUCCCAUGGACCACAGCCGAGCAUCUGACUAUGGAUUAAUGAAGAUUGACAAGUCAGGACGAAUAGUUCAUUUUGCUGAGAAGCCGAAGGGCAACUUGCUAAAAUCAAUGCAAGUCGACACCACUCUUCUAGGGUUAUCCGAGCACGAGGCCUUGAAAAACCCUUACAUUGCAUCGAUGGGCGUUUACGUCUUUCGAACCGAUGUCCUUCUAAAACUUUUGAGAUGGAAGUACCCUUCAUGCAAUGACUUUGGGUCCGAAAUUAUUCCUAGUGCGGUUGCAGAGCACAAUGUCCAAGCAUAUCUAUUCAAAGAUUAUUGGGAGGACAUCGGUACUAUAAAAUCUUUUUUCGAUGCAAACCUAGCCCUAACCGAACAGCCUCCGAAGUUUGAUUUCAAUGAUCCCAAGACUCCUUUCUUCACAUCACCAAGAUUCUUGCCUCCUACUAAAGUCGAAAGAUGCAGGAUUGUUAAUGCAAUAAUCUCCCACGGGUGUUUUUUGCGCGAUUGUAGCAUUCAACACUCGGUUGUUGGGGUGCGGUCACGUCUAGACCAAGGCGUCGAGCUUAAGGAUACAAUGAUGAUGGGUGCGGACUAUUACCAAACGGAUGCGGAAGUUGCGGCUUUUAUAGCAAGUGGGAGAGUUCCAAUCGGUGUGGGACAGAACACAAAAAUCACGAAUUGCAUAAUCGAUAAGAAUGCCAAGAUUGGAAAAGAUGUGAUAAUUGCAAACAAAGAUAAUGUGGAAGAAGCAGACAGAUCGGAUGAAGGUUUUUACAUAAGAUCAGGGAUAACUGUCAUCCUCAAGAAUGCAACCAUUAAAGAUGGAACCAUCGUGUAGUAAUAAAAGGAAUUAGAAUUAGAAUCUGUUCUUUGACAUUUUUAGUUUCUUAGGUAUGGAAAAUACAUGUGAACUUUGUUAACUCACCUCAAAUGAAGACACAUAAUCCACCAUUCAAUGUCAAAUUCCAGGUAUAAUGACUCCUCACAUGUGCUCUAAACAUAUGAGAAAUCAUAUACCCGAAACCACUGAACUCUCUUCUCUUUUCCAUUUGGUAAAUCACAACAUCAAUAAAGAAAAUAAUAAUACAUCUCUUGAAUAAAUAAAUAAUCACCCCCAAAACCAAACACCACGACUUUCUUCCAAACGAUAAGAAGCCGCUAUCUUUCUUCGGAGUUGAAUUUAUUCCAAGCCGCCUUUCAACGAUCAAAAACCUUUUCACAUAUAUACUUAUGUUGAAUACUUGCCCCUCGUUGUUGUAACUUGUCUGGAUGAACACAAAGAGUAGCUUUUCUGUAAGCUUUCUUUACAGCGCUUCUCCCUAUGAUCUCUGUCAAUGGAAUCGGUUGCCAACCACUUUCGCCUCCAAGAAUAUAUUGUAGUGUUGAAAGCAAUGCACGCAAGUUUCCUUCUUUCCCAUUUGACCACCUCUUGAUAUCAGCGUCAAGAUUCUCCGCUAAUCUCUUUCUCUCGGCUUCUUCCUUUUGAGCAAGCAAAUCCCGUUUCUCUUUUUCUGCAAGCGCUUUAGCAGCUCUUUCCAUGAUUCGAUUGUCUUUUUCCAAUUUGGCUUUACUUCUUAGAGCCGAUUCAGAAGUUGUUGUUCCAUUAGAAGUGCGAGAGGAAUCCUGUAAGGGCUUUUUAGUCAUUGCCUUCUCUAAAGCUCGUUGUCGGGCUUCUGACGUGGCUCUCUCGACUGCAGCUCGCUCGGCUCUCAGCUUCGACUGGGCAGAAGCUUUUGCAGCCUUUUGUUGGGCGUCAGCUCUCAUUCGCUGUCUUAUUUCUUCGGUGGCUUUUUCAACAGCAGCUCGUUCGGCUCUUUCACGCGCUCGCUCACGCGCUUCGCGAAUUGCUCUGUCGACAGCUAAUCUGUCUUUCUCCCGCUCCUUUUCUCUAGCUGCCACGUCAUCAAUCGUCUCCUUUGUGGUUUCGAUUGUAGGGUUUUCGUUGUGGGGAAGUUGGAUGUUAGUUUGACUUUCUUCUUCUUCUCUUGAAGAUGAUGAUUCGGAUUCAACGUCGUUCGAUUCGGAUCCAUUAGUGUCGUCAGAUUUCACUUCGUAUUCAUCUUCGUAGUCAUCGGAGGAAGUUUGAUCUAUUGAAGUCUUUUCAAUAACUUCAUCUUCUGUUUCCUUCAUUGCUUCUGUAUCAUCAUCAUCAACCUCUUGAGUUGUUUCCUCAUUGUUAUCGUUCAUAUCAACUUUGGAAUACUUGUGUGUUUCCAUUUCUUCGAUAACGUUAUGAUCAAGUUCGAAAGUUUCCACCUUUUGAUCACCUAUGUGGUUAUCUUCCUGUUUCUUCUCAAAAUCGUCUUUUUGUAACUUGUUAUGACAGAUUCCUUCACUCUCUUUACUUUCUUGUAUGUUAUCACUUGCUUCAUCAUCACUUUUCUCUGCAUUCUUGAGGUGUUCUUGUUCAAGAACCUCUUCUUGUUUCUCAUUAUCUGAUAAAACAGAUUCUAGGGGCAAUUUCUUCUCAUCUUCUUCAACCUUUUGAGAGAUAGUUAAAUCAUUCGAUUCUGUAACUAAUUCAUCGGCAUAAUUUGGUCUUACCUCAUUCGUAUUCUCCUUUGAUUCUCUGGAAAUAUCAAUUUCUACUGUUUCGUGUGUAACUUGUGUAGAAUUUGAAACAAUGGUAUUAUCUUUCAAUAUCGAAGAUUCUUUAGUUGAUUCUGAAAAUUUUCCAUGUAUUUCAUCUAUAACCCUUUUUGCGACAGAAAGUUUCUCACUGUCCAUGAAAUCUGGAAAAACUACUGUAUCACCAUAUUUACGGUUUCUACCCACAGCUUGUGAUGUAACAGAAGCAGCGUUUCUUUCAAAUACCCCUCUCACUUCAUCUUUGCAUUUUGGUUCUUCAACUUUCAAGCUAUCUUUGAAGCUUUUACUUGAAAAGCUUCGAAGCCCUUUCUUCUUUCUUCCAACUGAUUCUUUUGCAAUCCGUAUACUUUCUUGAGCCUUCUCUAUUGCUUUCUUCAGAGCAGCUGCAGAAGCAGAAGCAGCGGAAUUGGCAUCACCUUCAGCAUCAAAAUAACUUUCAGAAGCAUCACUUUCACAUGACUCGGAAUUCAUAGUUGUUGAUCUUUUUGGAUAAUCUUUAUGAUCAACUAUGUUAUUUGGUGAAGACGAAGGUGAUGAUACUGUAGUGGGAUGAUGUUUACUUCUUUUAAUGGAAUCUAAACUAACAUGAACUUCUGCGGAAUCCUGCUUCUUGGCUUCCAUUAAUGGAGGAACUGCUUCAUCAAUGAAACGAGUAAAUCCAGACAUCAGCGGAGUGAUGAGACAAAUUAUCGGAAUCUGGUGAAGAUGUUUUUGAUGAAGGAGCCCUAAAACCAACAUUAACGGAGAAAAAGGUUAUGACUUGAUUUCGAAAUUCUCAAUUUCAAGAGUAUUUAGUAGUAUAAAACCGACUACUGAAACAGGAUUUAUCAGAGCUGCAAAAUAGGGAGAAUUUGAACCCGAGAAACGACAGAAACCCCAAGUUCUAACUUUCUUUUCGGUAUAUUCGAAACAUAAGAGCCAAAAACGUCUCAAUUUUUCAUAAACUACAAAAAUUAUAGAAAUCAAGCACCAUUGUCAUUGCCAAAACUGCCGUUCAGAAUAAUAUCAGGGUGCCUCUGUUUCAAUCGAACAACGAGAAAGACAAAAUUUUCCAAACGCGUUUCAAAGAAUAAAAAAUCACCUGGCUUUGUCGCGAGCAAAUAGUUCUUCAUAAGAAACAGCGACAUCUUCGUCACGAAUGCCACCGAAAAUCUUAGAGUAAUCCGGCUCUGAACUCCGGAAGUUCAAGUUCAAGUGCAAAUUCAAGUUCAAAGCAUCAGAAGAAGGUUCUCUUAAGGUUGAAAGAUCAAGCACAGGAAUUGAUGAAGCAGCAGGGGAGUUAGCGAAAAUCUCACGGUAGUCUUGAACGUCAAUUGGCGAAGCUCCGGUGUAGUUGUGGCGGUGGCCGGAAAAAACGCCGUCGUAGGAGUUUCUGGGUGAGAAGGUAGUUGCAUUGGAAAGUUUUCUGGGGAGAAAAGGACGUGAGAGAGACUCCAUUUCUAGGGUUUUAAAAAUGAAUGUUUUUUGUAUGAUUGUUUUAUUUUGGAAUUAGUGUAAGGUUUUGUGGUUGUUUGUAGAGGCAGUGCUGCAGAGACAAGACAAAAUACAAAUCGGAGGGAGGUAGGAAGAAGGAAGAAGGAAGAAGACCAGAGGGGCAUAACCGGAAAUUUCUGUACCAUCAUCUUAAUUGUAUGUUUUCUUUAUCAUUUUAUAUAAAAUAAAAUAAUAUAUUCUUUAUUUAGCAAUAAUAAUUUUGUAUUUUUCUUGGGAG